AUGUCUCUUCAAUUAUUGCUACUUCCCGUGGUGGGAAUAAUCAUCUUUAACCUGCUGCGCGCACUAAUCACUCCACUACGGUCUGUUGGCGGACCAUUCUUGGCGCGCUUCACUGACCUCUGGUAUGCCUGGCGUGUACGUGUUGGACGAUUUGAGUUUGAAAAUCUUGAGCUGCAUAAGAAAUAUGGAACAAUCGUUCGCUAUGGCCCCAAUCGAUUCAGCUUCAAUGAUCCAGAGGCCUUGAAAAUCAUCUACGGUCCAGGUUCGCAGUUCCGCAAGUCAGACUGGUAUAGCGCCCACAACGUACCCAAGCCAGAAGCUUAUGAGAGAUGGAGCAUGUUCUCGACAACGGAUCCCAAACAGCACUCGGAGCAGCGCAAGCCGUUUACCAACGCCUAUUCAAUGACAUCUCUCGUGUCAUUCGAACCCUAUGUUGACGACUGCGCCAACAUAUUUGAGCAGCGGCUGACCGAGGUUGCCGGCACUCCCGUGCCCAUCGACUUUGGCCACUGGCUGCAGUGCUAUGCCUUUGAUGUCAUUGGCGAUAUUACGUUUGGAGAGCGAUUCGGCUUCCUCGACAGCGGCCGCGAUAUAGGAGGCGUCAUGGCGGCCCUCGACGGCUUUUUCGGUUAUGCCAGCACAGUCGGGGUCUUUCCGAGUCUGCAUCCUUAUCUUUUCAAACUUCAGGGACUACUCGCGGGCAAGGAGGGAACGGGCUUCAACUACGUCAACAACUUUACCCAGUCACAGAUCAACAAGUUCCGCGAUGAUCCCAAGCGCGCCGAAGUGGCCUCUCUGCAGGAUGAAGGUUCUAUGGAAACGCUGCUGGCCAAGUUCUUCAAGCGAAACCAAGAAGACCCCAACCGCUUCACUUCAUACCACGUUUUCAUUGGAUCCGGACAGAAUGUCGGCGCCGGUUCCGACACGACGGCCAUUAGUCUCUCGGCCACGUUUUACUACCUCUUGAAGAAUCCCUCUACGCUCCAAAAGCUCCGUGAAGAAAUCAUGACCAAGGAAGAGCAAGGCCAACUUUCGGAGCAACCAACGUUCAAAGAGACUUUGAAUAUGCCAUACCUGCAAGCCGUGAUCAAGGAAUCCCUGCGACUGCAUCCGGCGACGGGUUUGCCCUUGGAGCGUGUCGUCCCCGAGGGCGGCGCCACCAUUUCCGGACGCUUCUUCCCAGCAGGAACCAUUGUCGGCGUCAACACUUGGGUCGAACAUCGCAAUCCCAAGAUUUGGGGCGAUGAUGCGAGCGAGUUCAAGCCAGAGAGAUGGCUUAUUGACGAUGCCGAGAAACUAUCUUUUAUGAAUCGCCACUGGAUCCCCUUUGGCGUUGGGUCACGAGUUUGCAUUGGCAAGAACAUUUCAUUACUCGAGAUGCAGAAGCUCAUCCCGCGGGUGAUUCGCAAAUUCGAUUUGGAAAUUGAUGGCCCUAGAGACAAGACCUGGAAGACAAUAAACCGGUGGUUUGUCAAACCGCAAGACUUUAAGGUUCAGGUCGUUUUGAGAGAAAAGCAAACUAGAUAG